AUGUUAGUGUUGUUAUUUUUGGUGUGCGCUACAACAAAUGUAGGGACAGUGCAGCAAAAAUGUCAUAUGGAACCUACAAAUCAUUCAUUUAGCGGUGUUUUGCAUAUUUCAUUACGUGCUGAUAUAAAACAGUGCAAACGAGAAUGUCUUCUAAUAAGCAGCAGCCAGUGCUCGUCAGUCAUAUAUAUUACUAAUAAAAAUCUUUGUUUACUUAUAAGUGGUCAGAAAAUCGAAAGGGAUGAAUUCAGCGAUCACGAUACAAUAAACUUUUUUAGAAAAUGUCGACGUCGUACGGAAGUUCAAACGAUACUUCUUACAAAAGCGUGUUUUAAAGAAUUUCACGGCAGAGUAUUAGUUGGUGUUGUUGACGAGUUCUAUGAGAAUGUAUCGCGAAUGCAAUGUCGGAAAGCUUGUGCUAUUUCAUUAAUUCAAAACAAUGUCUUUUGCAAAGCAGCUAUUUAUUAUCCAAAAGAGAAAGAAUGUAUCAUCUCGUCGCAGAAUCGUUUUGAUGUGCCUGAAUUGUUCAUAGAGGACGCAGCAGCAGUGUAUCUUGAAAAUAGAUGUGCAGACAAUCAGUUUUUGAACAUAGCUCAAAAUAAAAUUGAUGCCGAAAAAGCAGUACUUCCAUCAAUAAGUGCAAGGAGCUUUUUCAAGAAUGAGCAGCUUUCACAAAAUAAUACUAACAAUGUUACUUUGAAUAUAAUACCAAAGAAACCUGUAAAGGAAGUUGCAAAACAUGUUAGGCCAGAGCCAUUGCAAAAUAUUGAAAUGUCUGGCUACGAAAUGAGUUUUGAAGAAAACUUGCGCCCAUUUUAUCCGUUAUAUGCAGAACAUAAUGACUCUAACGGAAAAUCGAGCUCAAAUGGAUGA